ACACGUGUAGGAACGUGCAAUCUCACGUGCCCAUCUUCAAACAAUUCCGACUUUCGAUCGCUGCCGGCGGCUGUAUGCACGAGCCGCGUGCGUGUGUCAAGAUGGUCGGCAAUUGGUCGAGUUUGAAUCGGCGCGGUUUUCAAUUGGUCGAGAACCUGCUACGCGCCCGGAGCCGAAGUAUAAAGGACUUUGCCACAGACUUUGCCACAGAUCAAGGACGCGCUACAGACGCCUUUCAUCGUCGUAGUUAUCAUUCGAGCACGUGUUGCACAUCGGAACGAAGCAUGGCAGCGAUACUCCAUAAGAAUAUUUGGGAAAGCGACCCAGAGCUUUUCGAUUUGAUGAAGAAGGAAAAAAAUCGGCAGCAAUCUGGACUGGAACUGAUCGCGAGUGAAAACUUUACAUCUCUCAGUGUACUUCAGUGCUUAAGUUCGUGUUUACACAACAAGUACAGCGAGGGAUUGCCUGGGCAAAGGUAUUACGGUGGAAAUGAAUAUAUCGAUGAAAUCGAAUUGUUGGCGCAGAAACGUGCCCUGGAAGCCUUCAAUCUGGAUCCCAAGAAAUGGGGGUGCAAUGUACAGCCCUAUUCGGGAAGUCCGGCGAAUUUUGCAGUUUACACAGGCUUGAUGGAGCCUCAUGGACGUAUAAUGGGUCUAGAUUUGCCCGACGGUGGUCAUCUCACUCAUGGUUUCUUCACAGUGAACAAGAAGAUUUCCGCUACAUCAAUCUUCUUCGAAUCGAUGCCGUACAAAGUUAAUUUCGAAACUGGAUUAAUCGAUUACGACGAGCUCGCAAAACAGGCGAGAUUAUUCAAGCCAAAAGUCAUUAUCGCUGGAGUCUCCUGUUACAGUAGAUGUCUGGACUAUAAACGUUUCCGUGAAAUUGCCGACGAAAAUAAUGCCUAUCUCUUCAGCGAUAUGGCUCACAUCUCUGGGCUCGUCGCCGCCGGAAUAAUACCUAGUCCUUUCGAAUUUAGCGAUGUUGUUUCAACAACUACGCACAAGACUUUACGAGGUCCGCGUGCUGGUGUUAUUUUCUAUCGAAAAGGGAUUCGAAGCGUCACGAAGGAUGGCACAAAUAUUAUGUACGAUAUUGAAAACAAAAUAAAUCAAGCAGUUUUUCCGGGUCUUCAAGGCGGGCCUCAUAAUCACGCCAUUGCCGCAAUAGCUACUACUAUGAAACAGGUGAAAACACAAGAAUUCCUUGAUUAUCAGAAACAAAUAGUGGCUAAUGCGAAGAAAUUGUGCGCCGGUUUACAAGAGCGCGGUUACAAAAUCAGCACCAAUGGCACGGAUGUCCACAUGCUGUUGGUAGACCUACGAUCUGCACGCAUCACCGGUUCAAAGGCAGAAAAAAUAUUGGAAGAGAUUUCCAUUGCUUGCAAUAAAAAUACUGUUCCUGGUGACAAAAGUGCAUUGAAUCCUAGUGGCAUUCGUUUAGGAACACCUGCCCUGACUACUCGUGGCUUAGUCGAGAAGGAUAUCGACAAAGUUGUGGACUUCAUAGACAGAGGAUUAAAACUUUCCAAGGAAGUGAGUGAUAUUUCUGGACCGAAACUAGUUGAUUUCAAGAAAGUAUUAAGUACCGACGAAAACAUUAAAAUGAAGAUUGCAGAUCUGAGAAAAGAAGUAGAAACCUUUUCGAAACAGUUUUCAAUCCCUGGUCAUGAAACAUAUUAACACAACGGUACUUUGUUUAAUGUAAAUUUUUAAAUAUGUUAUAAUAUUCUCAUUAUGCUAUUAAUUAUAUAUAUUUUUUACUUUUUUAAUUUUUAAAAAUUAUUGUUACAUUUCUUUUACAUUUCUCUUUGUAUAAUUUAUAUUAUAAUUAAAAUAUGAAUCUGCACAUUUGCGAAUAUGUUAUGUGAUAAUAUUAAAAUCAAAUGGAAACAUAUUAAUUUUAUAAAAAUAAAAUAUUGUGGUCUU